AUGGAAAAAUCAAAAAAUUUUCGCAUCGACGCCCUGCUGGCGGUGGACCCCCCGCGAUGCGCCUCUGCGCAGAGCGCGCCGCUGGCCUUGGUCACGUCUCUUGCGGCCGCUGCAUCUGGCCCGGGCGGUGGCGGCGGCGGUGGAGCGAGCGGCAGCUGCAGCCCGGCGUCUUCCGAGCCGCCGGCGCCCACCGACCGCCUGCGCGCCGAGAGCCCGUCGCCGCCGCGCCUCCUGGCCGCGCACUGCGCGCUGCUGCCCAAGCCGGGCUUCCUGGGCUCCGGAGGUGGCGGCGGCGGCACUGGCGGCGGGCACGGGGGACCCCCCCACGCGCACCCAGGCGCCGCUGCGGCCGCCGCUGCUGCUGCCGCGGCUGCCGCCGCCGGUGGCCUGGCGCUGGGGCUACACCCGGGGGGCGCCCAGGGCGGUGCGGGCCUCCCAGCUCAGGCGGCGCUCUAUGGCCACCCGGUCUACGGCUACUCGGCGGCGGCGGCGGCGGCGGCGCUGGCCAGCCAGCACCCGGCGCUCGCCUACUCCUACCCGCAGGUGCAGGGCGCGCACCCAGCUCACCCGGCCGACCCCAUCAAGCUGGGCGCCGGCACCUUUCAGCUGGACCAGUGGCUGCGCGCGUCCACCGCGGGCAUGAUCCUGCCCAAGAUGCCCGACUUUAACUCCCAGGCGCAGUCUAACCUCCUGGGGAAAUGCCGCCGACCGCGCACCGCCUUCACCAGCCAGCAGCUGCUGGAGCUGGAGCACCAGUUCAAGCUCAACAAGUACCUGUCGCGGCCCAAGCGCUUCGAGGUGGCCACCUCGCUUAUGCUCACCGAGACCCAGGUGAAGAUCUGGUUCCAGAACCGGCGGAUGAAAUGGAAACGCAGCAAAAAAGCCAAAGAGCAGGCGGCGCAGGAAGCUGAGAAGCAGAAAGGCGGGGGUGGGGGCGCAGGAAAAGGCGGCGGCGCGGAGGAGCAGGGCGCAGACGGGCUGCUGGGGCCGCCCGUGGCCGGGGACAAGGCCCCCGGACGCCGCCUGCGGGACUUGAGGGACAGUGACCCCGAGGAGGACGAGGACGACGACGACGAGGACCAUUUCCCCUACAGCAACGGCGCCGGGGCCCGCACCGCUUCCUCCGACUGCUCGUCUGAGGACGACUCUCCGCCCCCGCGGCCCGGCGGGCCCGGACGCCAGCCCCCGCCGCAGUAGAAGCCCGGCGGCCCGGCUGGUGCCUGGACCCCGCCCCGGUGAGGCCACCUCCCCGGGGACAGCUCGCCGGCCCGCGCUGGGGCCUCCGGUCCUGCGCGUCCCCUGCGGGCCAUAGCGCCUCUUCUGUUCUUCAGACACUGGGAGAGGGAGAUCCAGCGGACUCAAACUUGAACUCUAGUUCUUUUAAAAUUAAUUUUGGUUGCGGGGGGAGGUGCUUGUGAGAAGAACCGACAACUCCCGGAGGAAGCCUACGCCCCACUCUCCCCGCGUCGCGGAAGGCGGAAACCGACAGUGUUAAGUGACCUCUGAAACUUGAAACCUUCCCUGGAAACACCAUUCGGCUGAGUAUUGAAAACAGAAAAGAUUUUGUGCUUAUAUAUCUUGGGGGUGGGGGAAACGGAUGUCAUGAGCGUUCAAACUGCUGGGAAUCUCAAAACCGUACUGUAUUUUUGUAUAUUGUAUUUAUAUAUAAAAAAGAAACGUCUACUUAUGCAUGCUAAGUUAUUUAGCU